AUGGCAGCGUUCCUUCAAUUCCUUCAAUUCCGUGUUACGCUAGCAAGCGAAAGAGAUGAGGAGGACAACGUGGAAGAGUUGAGGCAUGCCAACGAUGACAUGUGUUCCUACUCGGUGCAGUGCAGAUAUAAAGAAGCAAUAAAGAAGCAGAUGCAGAUCCUAAGAAUGCCUCCAUCGCUAAACGAAUACAUUUGUCGGCUCUUCUCCAAGGCUUCAAUCCCAGUUCUCAAGGAACCAUCCGGCAUUUCUGCGCAUGAUGGUAGGCGCCCGGACGGAUGCACACUAAUACCUUGGAGAGCCGGCAGAUGUUUGGCGUGGGAUGUUACGGUCCCUGGCACCCUUGCCGAACGAUAUGUAAACCUGACAAGUAAAGAAUGCGGUUUGGCCGCGGCCAGGGCAGCGGACGAGAAAAUGAAAAAAUAUGGGAACGCCCUCCCCUCGAUGGAAUUUUUGCCAAUAUGUAUCGAGGUUCUCGGCCCGAUGGACCCCAACACCCUUAAAUUUCUUAAGGCAAUAUGUAAAAUGAUCGGCGUCAGAUCGGGCGACAGCAGGGAACUGUUUUUCGCAACUAACCACAUUUCGUGA